AUGUGGGCCUAUCGAGCUCCUGACGAGAGUUGGAGACGUAUUUAUGAACAAUUUAAGGACUUUUGGUUGGUGCUCCAUCAAAAGACGCAUCCGAAACAUGCGUCAACCUUUUACAAUCGCAUACAGCUCACUGUCCUGUGGAACUAUCCCAACGAGGAGCAGCGCCGCCUGUCCUCGCGUCGGAUUUGGCAUACUUUUAUUUCGAUUCAGAUUAACGUCUUUUUUCUCACAUUCUUGUUUGCGCUGCCGGAAUCGGUGGACAAUAUAGUCGAACCCUCUAUAUGUUAUUUAAGUGGCACUUCUUUUACCUUUUAUAUGGAUGACAUUGAUGAGGUUAUCAAUGAUCUGGAUGCCUGUCACUGCGAGCCAAAGAGUGGACCGACGGUGGCAAUCAUACGCUCCGAACAGCGCUGGUUCUUUUUGAUGGAGUCCGCACUGGGAUUGGCUUGGCAUAAGUUGCCAUUCCAUGCAGUUUGUCCUUUUCAGUGGCACGAUCCAUCCCAACAUCCCAUCGCGCACGUUUGCAUUUACAUUUGCUUACAUUUGCUUCUUUCUAUUCUACAAUAUGGCCUGGCCGUCAAUCUGAAGAUCCUGUGCAUUGAGCUGAACACCUUUGCCAAGGCUUAUCACGAGGACGAGCAGCAGUAUCGCACUGAACUAGGUCGAUUGGUAACAUUUCAUCAGAGGAUAAUUUACAUUGUAGACCGCACCAACGAAGUCUUCUAUGCGCCGCUGAUAAUGCAGAUGUUAACCGCGUUCUUGAUAAUAUCCCUGUCUACAUUUGAAGCACUUGUGGCCAGACAUGAACCCACUGUGGCAGCUUGAUUUAUCAUAUUUAUGGUGCUAUCGUUUUGUCAUCUCUUCUAUUGGUGCCUGUUUGGGGACAUGGUCACCGAACAGUCCGAGCAAGUUUAUUCCGCCUUCGAUGCGUACGAUUGGUCACCAAGCUCAACUGUUAUACAACGAGAUAUAAUAUUCAUGAUGCACCGCGCACAGCAACCACUGUACUUGGCCCAGCCCUUUCCGCCCUUCAAUCUAUUUAGUUAUAUGGCUGUGAGACAGUGUUAUAGUAUACUGACACUGUUGCUAGAGAGCCUGGAUAAGGCAAGCGCCACAAUAUUACUUGAAUAA